GCCUGGCUUGAGAGACUCACUCUGCCUUUGACUGUGGCGGAUGCGCGUUGCUGCGCCCCUCCGGGCUCCGUGUUCUCGUCGUCGUUCGUUCGUAGUCUCUCGCCUGGACUUUCGUAUAAGGUCUUUGGGUUCUCAGGUAGUGGUCUUGAGUUGGGUUAUCAUUGAUAUUGUGGGGUUUGGUCGUGUUGUGGAAAUUUUGCACGGUGGGCAGCAGCUUGUGAGACUUGAUGCAAAUUGUGAAAUGCCCCUGUCGUAUCAACUUUCGUGGAGCUCUGAGGCGUUCCAUGACUGCAGCAACGCAUUGCGUGUGGUGAUCAGGAGUUUCAGCUUCCCUGACAUUGACUGGAGGGAGGAUCAUUUGCUAGUGUUUUUGCCUGAAGAGCGGAGUGCCAACGUUGUUGAAGUUCGUUCCGAUCGGGUUUUAAUUGCGUCACUGUGAUCCAGAGGAUUUUGCGUCACAAUGGCGCAGAUGUUGUUGAAAGAAGCGGCGGAUUUGGGGUUCAUGAUAGCGUUCCGCUUCUAUGGGCGAAACCCCGAAACAGGGCCAAGGUUUUACCACCCUCCACGUUCUGAUGAUGGCCGUGAUUGCGCGGAAGCAUCGACUGCUUCUUCAUCCUGCAGUGUCAGAAGACACUCGCCGGUGAGGCGACAUGGCUUGGCGGGGGCGGCAUCUAUCAUUUUACCGAGUCUUUCAGCCCCAAGUUUUCCGAUCCAUCUCUCGAGCGGAAGCUUUCCAGAUCUCGAUGGAACUCUUCCUUCUCCGGCACCGCAUAGUGUAGGAGCCCACUAACUUUAGCUCUUCAUGGAAACCCUAGUGAGCAUUCUUUAGUGCUGCUUGUCAGUUCAACACCUACUCACGAUGCAAUUAUUCUGUGUCGUUUGUCCUGUUUUCCUGGCAAUCGCAUCGAAUGGAUUACUUAGGUUUUACAAUUGUUGGACACAAGGAUUUCUUUUAUAUUAGUGAAACUUUUGAAAGAUGGACAUCAAUUUGUCUGAACGGAUUCCACAUUCAUGAAUAUAAAACUCAGAGAUAUAGUGGAGUUCCGCAAUAUGUUGACGACGAUGGGUAGUGAUAGAAACUGAAGUUGGAUUGAAGAUUUGUGGAAACUGGUCACAUUAUUUUUUGAGAUCAAAAUCUCGAGAAGAGACUAAUUCUUUCUUGUA